AUGCCAGCCUUCCGCAGACGGCUGGUGCUGAACAAAAUCGGAGCGCGUGUGGCGACCGCAAAGACCCGAAUCGUUCAGCCUCUCUCCCACCUCUCCUCCUUCUACUUCUCCGUGCCUCCCCUCACGAGGCUCUACUGUUCGGCGUCGCUGCUGCUGACUCUCCUUUCGUCUCCGACUCUCGCGACAUUCCUGCGCACCAAAGUGCCUGGCCCCGCGCAGCCUCCAUCGUUUUCUCAGGGCCCGAGACACCCGACGCAGUCUCCUGUUUCCUUGGCUCGCCCUUCAGCCGAGCCGGAGGGCCUUCUUCCACCCGAGCAGCUCGCCAUGCACGCGCCUCGGGUGCUGCGGGCCUUCGAGUUCUGGAGGCCGUUCACGGCGGGGACGUUCUUCGGGGCGCCGUCUCUUGGGACGGUUCUCAGGAUAUACGGGGCGUACACAGCCCUGCGACACAUGGAGGAGACUGUCGCCCUCUCUCCAGGCUCGUUGGGUUCCAUCGACGAUCCCGUGCUCCCGCGCCCGUCGGCUUCUCGCCGCUUGAAACCCGAAAGGCGGGUGUUGGGACUGGGAAGGUCGGCGAGUUCUGCCUGGCGCGCGUCUCGAUCUCCGUCGUCGCCUCCUUCGCGCCCCCAAUCCGAAACCGACAGAGAAGGCCAUACUGCGAGGGGCCUCGCUGAGGCGUCCAGCGGCGCCGUCGCGGCCGCGCGGUCUGCUGAGACGCUCACGUUCCUUCUCUUCCAAUUCGCCAGCCUGUCGUGCAUUGCGGGCUGUCUCAAGCUGCCGUUCUUCGCUUCUUCGCUCUCCAGCGCGGCUCUCUACCACAACUGUCGGACGAAUCCCGAAGCACCCGUAUCGCUCAUCAUGGGCAUAAAACUCCCGCAAAAAUACCUCCCCUACGGCGCCUUAGCCGUCGACGUCUUGCAUGCGCAGGCCCUCCGAGCGGCGGUCCCGGGCCUCCUGGGCAUCUGCUCCGGCGAGCUCUACUGGUUUCUGACAAAG